UUAGGAUUCAGUGCUAAGCAGAACUCCCAAAGUGGCCUUCAAACCCGCCCACACAGUCUGCUAACGGCUCUUCUCUUGUUGCAGCCGGAAGCCACGUACCUGUCUGCCAACUGUUCUAAGUUGGAGCUCCAGUUCCCCACCAUGGAGCUGCAGGAGCAGGUGGCUUUUGGAGACUUGUGCAACGGCAGCACGCCAGAGGGGAAACUGAGUUCCUUCAACCCCGAGGUCCUGAACAUGACGGCAGAGGAGCUGCGCAUCAGAUACUUGGGGCCCCGUCGGUCAGGUUUCUUCAUUCCCAUCUGCACCACCUACCUGCUGAUUUUCGUGGUGGGGGCUGUGGGCAACACCAUGACUUGCCUGGUCAUCAUCCGGAACCGCUUCAUGAGAACGCCCACCAAUUACUAUCUCUUCAGCUUGGCCAUCUCUGAUCUCCUGGUGCUUUUGCUGGGCAUGCCGCUGGAGAUUUAUGAGAUGUGGAGUAACUACCCCUUUCUCUUGGGGGCUGGGGGGUGCUGCUUUAAAACCCUGCUCUUCGAGGCCGUCUGCUUUGCCUCCAUCCUCAACGUGACCGCCCUCAGCGUGGAACGCUACAUUGCUGUGGUCCACCCACUCAAGGCGAAGUACGUAGCAACCAAGAACCAUGCCCAGAAGGUGAUCAUCAUGGUCUGGGUUCUCUCCAUUGUCUGUUCCAUCCCCAACACCAGCCUGCAUGGCAUACAGACUCUCUACGUGCCAGGAUGGGGCAUAGUUCCUGACUCGGACACCUGCACUCUGGUGAAGUCCCCCCUGAUCUACAACCUCCUCAUUCAGAUCACCACCAUCGUCUUCUUCUUCAUCCCCAUGGCUGUCAUUAGCAUCCUCUAUCUCCUCAUUGGCCUGCAGCUGCGGAAGGAGAAGCUGCUGGAGGCUCUGGAGGCCAAAUCGGGAAGCUGGUGUGACUACCACAACAUCCGUCUCCAGCAGAAGAAGGCUCAGAGGAGGCAGGUGACCAAUAUGUUGUUUGUCCUUGUGGUUGUGUUUGGCAUCUGCUGGGCCCCCUUCCACACCGACCGGCUGGUCUGGAGCUUUGUCACUUGCUGGACUGACCAGAUGCAGCACAUGUUCCAGUACAUCCACAUCAUCUCGGGGGUGUUCUUCUACUUGAGCUCGGCUGCUAACCCCAUCCUCUACAACCUGAUGUCCACCCGCUUCCGUGAGAUGUUUAAGGAUGUGAUGUGCCACAGACACUUCCAGAAACUGGGGUCCCACAAGCGCUCGCCCAGCAGCAUACGCACCACCGUGCGCAGCACCGUUUUGGAGCACAUCCCAGGAAACCGUGGGCAGCCCAUGUCCGACAUGGAGGAUUAUGAGGGGGAUCCUGCGGGAGACAACAUGGAGGAACAAGGAAGCCUGUGUCUCUGAGGGCAUUCCCAACUGAUCAGUCUCACUGGUUGCAUUCAUGCAGGAUGCUGAAUCUGGUGACCAAAUCAAUCCAUUUUAUGGGUUUGCCCAAUGUAUUGAACCAUCCUCACGUGAGCCAAGUUCACACAACAGCUAAGCCAGUAACAGCUGCAACCAAGGUUUCAUCUAACCAAACACAGCAGACUCUGUGAAUGCAACCAUCAGAUCCUUAACUGAAUUAAAGGCGAUACA